AUGGCUGGUGUACCAAUUUCGAACCUAUCCGCAGAGCUCGGUCCCAACUCGGAACUGGGCAAGGCGCUGACAGCAGCUCUGCCCGGCAGGGUCUCACUUCCGGGAAGCGAUCAGUUCAAUGCCAGCAAUGGGUCAUACUAUUCGGCAUUUGAAAACGAGAUUGUUCCAGCGGCCAUUGCGCACCCAACCAGCGUGGCCGAGGUUGCGACUCUGAUCAAGACUCUCAAGCCGCUCCUUCUGGGACAGCCAAGUGGCUCACCGAAGCUUGCGAUUCGUGGGGCGGGCCAUGCGCCGCAUCCUGGGGCGGCCAACGCCCAGGAUGGAGUGACGGUAGAUAUGCGCGGGCUGAAGGGUAUCAAGCUCAGCCAUGACAAGACGGCCGUCAGCAUCGCGGCGGGCGAAACUUGGGAUAAAGUAUACGAAGCUCUAGCUCCGGAGGGACUGACGGUAGCUGGCGGAAGGGUUACUGCUGUUGGAGUGACGGGAUUUCUUCUUGGAGGCGGGCUGUCGUAUUUCUCGACCGUCCGCGGCUUCGGCGUCGACAACGUAACCAACUUCGAGCUGGUCCUCGCCUCAGGGGAGGUCGUUCAGGCCAAUGCCUCCAUCAACCCGGACCUCUAUCGGGCAGUGCAGGGCGGCUCGAACAACUUUGGCAUCGUUACGCGCUUCGACAUGGCCGUGUUCCCACGGACGGAGACAAUGUGGGGAGGCCUGUUGUACGCGACAAUCGACAACCUCACAAAGAGCCACCAGGCGCUGUAUGACUUCGCCACAGCUGAGGGCGACGCUGUCGAUGAGAAUGCGCACAUCCAGGUGAUAGCGGCGUACAUAACGGCGAACAACAUGGGUUUUGACGUGGUCGGUGCGAAUCUGUACCACACAGAGGGCGUUGCGAAUCCGCCGUGCUUCAAAGGGCUACUGGAGAUGGAGGGCAGGAUCGAGCAGUUCACUACGCUGAGGCAAGACACGCAUCUUGGCUUCUGUCAGGAGCAGGCAAUGCUGAACUCUGCGGGGAAGAGACAAUUCUUUAUCACAUCGACGAUCAAGCCGUCACUCGAGCUCUUCAACGCAGUGUACGAGCGCUUCCACGCCGAUGCACUCGCCCUGAAGGAUUCUGUGGCCGGGAUCGUGCUGGCACUUGUCCUUCAGCCCCUGACGAAGACUAUGCUGCUCAACUCGUGCCGCCAGCGGCAGGCGGAUGACACUGGCUACAACAGUCAGGGGCUCAGAGUAGAGGAUGGCCCGUUAAUUGUCGUGCUUGUCUCUUCCACUUGGGCAAAGCCAUCCGAUGAUGACACUGUUAUAAAGAUGGUGGAGAAGAUGAAUGCUGAUAUCCAGGCGCUGGCGCAGGAGAGGAGAAUGGGUCACAGAUAUAUCUUCCCGAAUUAUGCUUGGACGGGGCAAAAUGUUAUGCAGGGCUACGGUGAGGAGAGGCUGGCAGAGUUGAAGAGCGCGAGUGAAAAAUGGGACCCAGAGCGUUUCUUCCAGACGGUAGUUACUGGAGGCUUCAAGCUCGGCGAGUGA